AUGGAGAACAAUCAAGAAGACCCUAGGGAUCUUUUGCGGAAGCUCAAAGUACUGCAGAAUACCCUGCCAGGCACCGACUUCGACAAAUUUCCGCGCUCCCCUCAAGAGGCGUUCAUGAUGUGGCUGAAAGAGGCCAUCGCGGCAGAAGUCCAGGAGCCUCAUGCAAUGACACUCUCUACCGUUGACGAUUACGGGUGUCCCGAUGCUAGAGUUCUCAUUCUCAAGAAUGUCGAUGAGCGGGGAUGGCACUUUGCAGCCAAGGCUGGCAGUCCCAAGGGCGUUCAACUCGUGAACAAGGGAUACGCGGCCCUCACCUUCUACUGGCCAGAGCAGGCCCGCCAAGUCCGUCUUCGGGGUAAGGCUGAGCAGCUUUCUGAUGAGGAAUGCCUCCAGGACUUCUUCGAUAGACCCCUAGGGUCGAGGGUCAGUGCGAUGGCCUCCAAGCAAAGCUCAAAGCUCGAAAGCCGAGCCGAACUCCUCGGAAGCGUUGAAGCGGUGAAAGCUUCUUUUAAGGAAAAUCCCGAUCAGCCCUGUGUAGAUUGGAAGGUUUACGCCGUCUUACCCGAGACCGUCGAGUUCUGGCAGGGUACUGCAGAUCGUCUCCACGAGAGGUUGCAGUAUGUGGCAGCGGGCCCCGGACAGUGGGAGACUCAACUUUUGUGGCCGUAG